AUGGUAUUUGGUCCGCCUCAGCUGCACCACGUUGUUAGUGUAGAACUGUACGAGCACAUCUCGAAACCACUGACUCCAUUGCAGGAUGGUGUUCUCCUGCACCUCGAGCGUUCGAGCCAUCUCCUUCGCCGUUCCGAGAUCGUAGUACAAGAUGGGUACGAGUUCUUCGCCAAUAAACGCCUUGUUACCAUCUUUUCUGCGCCUCACUACUGCGGACAGUUCGAUAACGCUGCUGCAAUGAUGAAUGUCGAUGAAGGAUUAGUUUGCUCAUUCCAGAUCAUGCGGCCUACCAUCAAAGCGAACAAAGUGGUAGCGCGGUCCAGCUAG